AUGCCGCUUGUUAGGCACGAAGUGAAGAAUGUCUACGGUUUAGGGAAAACAGAACUUCACAAAAAUGUCGAACGUGAAGACACCAAAUCGAUUCUCGACGGCGUCGCCGUUUCUGGACUCGUUGGGAUCUUGCGUCAACUCGGUGAUCUCACCGAGUUUGCAGCAGAGAUAUUCCAUGGGAUACAAGAGGAGGUUAUGAUUACAGCUUCAAGAAGCAGUAAAUUGAAGAUGAGACUGAAGCAAAUAGAAGCUAAUGUUCCUUCAAUCCAGAAGACAGUGCUUGCACAAACAAACCACAUCAAUUUUGCAUACACUGGAGGUCUUGAGUGGCAUCCUCGUAUACCAAAUGUGCAAAAUCAGUUUCUUUAUGACUAUUUGCCACAGUUUAUCAUGGCUCCUUAUGAAGUUUGCAAGGAUCCUCCGCGGUUGCAUUUGCUUGAUAAGUUUGAUAUAAAUGGGCCAGGUUCUUGUUUGAAACGAUACUCAGAUCCUACUCAUUUCAAAACUGUAUCAAGAACUUCUAAACUUCCAGAAACUAAGAAGAAAAAAUCUGUACAACGGAACCGAGAUGUAUCAAGUCUUGCCUCUAUAGCCAAUCAGAAUGACAGGAAGACAUUUGCUUUGAGCCUCAAUGGAAGAACAUCUUCCUCCAAAACUGCCUCAACGAUUGAAACUGAAUCGAAACCUGACUUGCAAUAUCACCGUUCUUUCUCUCUUCAUUCAAGAAGUGGUGGUGAGAAACCAAAGGGUGUCUACACUUCUUCAAAAUCUACACCAGGUUUCAGGACCAUUGCUUCAGUUCUCUCUGAUACUGAAAGCGAAGAUGCAGAUGACAGUCCUUCUCAAGAUCCAACGGCUCAUGGCUCUUCUUGCAUUAGUUGGCAUGAGAAAGCUGAGAUAGUGGAAACAGAUGUUCUGCAAUGUGCAGCAGAAGAAGCUCCUCAAGUAAUGGAGACUAACUUUGUAGUGGAUGCUAAACCUAAGGGAAUGGUAAUGGACAGUGAAGAUGAAACUGAAAGUGAAGGGGAUGAUUUUGUUGAUGCACCUUACACCAUUGAUUCGGAAUCUGAAAACGAUCAGAACAAUGAAGAGGUGAAGAAGAAGUUUUCCAGUGAGAUCAGACAAGAAAAGUUGGAUGAGCAAGAAACAGAGAAGACUUCUAACAAGUUUAGUGAUGAUGAGAUGAUCUGUGCUGGUUCUGCUGCUGCAUCAGAUCUACAAAUCUCAAGAUCUGAUGUGCUGAUUCAUCAAGAACCAUGGGCGGUUUCUGAUAUAAGCAACGGUACUCAUAGUUAUUAUUCCAAUGGCUUCUCAAACCCAUUGUAUGAUGCUAAUGGUAUCCAAGAACAUCAAGAAUCAGAAGAUGAGUCUUCUUGUGACACCGAAGCGACUAAACUAUGGAAUAACGGAAAUCUACUGGGAGUGAAACCAUUGAAACCGGAGAUUAUUGCAGCGGAAAUCAUCAUUCCAGAGAAUGAUGAAGAAGAAGAAGAAGACACUGAUGCUGAAACGUUCCAAGAGCACCUGAGAGAAGAUGAUGAUAAAGCUCCUUUUGAUUGGUUUACAUCAUCUCCUCCACUAAGUCACAUGAAAAUAUCUUUCAAUCACUCAGAAACCUUGCAAAGCUCCGAGUUGAAGCUGAAACUUCCAGAAGAAUAUACGUUUUCUUCAUUUCAGUUGGUGCCAGAGACUGUUGCUACUUCACUUCCUGAUUCUGAUUCAGACAAGGACACUUUCUGUAGAUCAUCUUCUUACAUCUCAGAUAACAGUGACAAUCACUCCGUGUCAAUCUCUGAGCAGCAGUGGCAAGAAGAAGAAGAAGAGAUCAGUGAAAGAAAUAUCCAACAAGAGCUCAAAGCUGAAGCUUCUUCUCACUCAGCUCCAUCUCCACAGAUUGAAACAUCAUCAACAAAUGGUUGUUUAACUAAACAUCUCUCGUUCCUCCAAAAUCCAGUUGAGCCUUUACCACCUCCUCUUCCACCGUUACAAUGGAUGGUCUCAAAGAUACCCUCUGGGAGAUUCGAAGAUAACAACAAGCAGUCCUCUCUAAAGGACACUCUCAUACAAGAACUCAAACAGAACAAUUCUUUAUCUACAGUCAAGAAAGAAGAGCCAAACAACACUUUCAUUGCUUCUGAUCGGCCUAAACUAGAGAACAACAACGUAUAUCAGAAGAAAAAUGUGAGGGAUUAUAAGCAGAGUCUUGGCAUCAAAGAAGAGACGGAAGCUGGAGACUUCUUGCAUCAAAUCCGAACAAAACAAUUCAACCUGAGACGUGUGGUCACGACGAGGACAGCAUCAUCGGAAGCUGCAAUGAACAACAAUUUCAGCGUGAUUUUAAAGAAGGCAAACUCCAUCCGACAGGCUGUAGCAAGCGACCAUGGAGAUGGCGAAAGCGAUACAUGGAGCGAUAGUGAUACGUAA